AUGGAAGCAGUAGCAGCAGCCAUUGUUGAAAACAACAACAGUUAUGAUUCUUUCUGCUUCACAAAUGCUAAAAACAAUAACAUGAAAGUAAACAGCACCGAUCCUUUGAACUGGGGCGCGGCAGCGGAGGCAAUGAAAGAGAGUCACUUGGAUGAAGUGAAGCGUAUGGUUGAAGAGUAUCGGAAACCUGUGGUACGUCUUGGUGGUGAGACACUGACCAUUUCUCAGGUGGCUGCCAUUGCCGCACACGACCAUGGCGUGAAGGUGGAGUUGUCGGAAUCUGCAAGAGCUGGUGUUAAGGCCAGCAGUGACUGGGUGAUGGAGAGUAUGAAUAAAGGCACAGACAGUUACGGUGUCACCACUGGUUUCGGUGCAACCUCACAUCGCCGCACCAAACAAGGCGGUGCUCUUCAGAAAGAACUCAUCAGAUUUUUGAAUGCUGGAAUAUUUGGAAAUAGAAUUGAAUCAAACCACACACUACCGCACACGGCAACAAGAGCUGCUAUGUUAGUACGAAUCAACACACUUCUCCAAGGCUAUUCAGGCAUUAGAUUUGAAAUCUUAGAAGCCAUAACCAAGCUCAUUAACAACAACAUUACUCCUUGUUUACCGCUUCGAGGUACAAUCACAGCUUCAGGAGAUUUAGUCCCUUUAUCUUACAUCGCUGGUUUACUAACCGGAAGACCGAAUUCCAAAGCUCAUGGACCGUCUGGUGAGAUACUUAAUGCAAAAGAAGCUUUUCAAUUGGCUGGAAUCAAUGUUGAUUUCUUUGAGUUACAACCAAAAGAAGGACUUGCACUUGUUAAUGGAACUGCUGUUGGUUCUGGUUUAGCUUCUAUUGUUCUAUUUGAAGCUAACAUUCUGGCUGUGUUGUCUGAAGUGCUCUCAGCUAUUUUUGCUGAAGUUAUGCAAGGAAAACCUGAAUUUACUGAUCAUUUGACUCACAAGUUAAAGCACCACCCUGGUCAAAUUGAAGCUGCUGCUAUUAUGGAACAUAUUUUGGAUGGAAGUGCUUAUGUUAAAGCAGCUAAGAAGUUGCAUGAGAUGGAUCCUUUGCAGAAACCAAAACAAGAUAGAUACGCGCUAAGAACUUCACCGCAAUGGCUUGGUCCUCUGAUUGAAGUAAUUAGAUUCUCUACUAAGUCAAUUGAGAGGGAGAUUAAUUCUGUUAAUGAUAACCCUUUGAUUGAUGUUUCAAGAAACAAGGCUUUGCAUGGUGGAAAUUUUCAAGGAACACCUAUUGGAGUAUCCAUGGAUAAUACACGUUUGGCUCUUGCAUCCAUUGGUAAACUCAUGUUUGCUCAAUUCUCCGAACUUGUUAACGAUUUUUACAAUAACGGGUUGCCUUCAAAUCUUUCUGCUAGUAGAAAUCCUAGCUUGGAUUAUGGUUUCAAAGGAUCUGAAAUUGCCAUGGCUUCUUAUUGUUCCGAGUUACAAUAUCUUGCAAAUCCGGUCACAACUCAUGUUCAAAGUGCUGAGCAACAUAACCAAGAUGUGAACUCUUUGGGUUUGAUUUCUUCUAGGAAAACAUAUGAAGCCAUUGAGAUUCUUCAACUCAUGUCUUCCACAUUCUUGAUUGCACUUUGCCAAGCAAUUGACUUAAGACAUUUGGAGGAGAAUUUGAAAAACUCAGUUAAGAAUAUUGUAAGCCAAGUUGCUAAAAGAACCCUUACAACUGGUGUCAAUGGCGAACUCCAUCCUUCAAGGUUUUGUGAAAAGGACUUAUUAAGAGUGGUUGAUAGGGAGCAUGUGUUUGCCUAUAUUGAUGAUGCUUCUAGUGCUACAUAUCCAUUGAUGCAAAAACUAAGGCAAGUGCUAGUGGAUCAUGCAUUGGUAAAUGGAGAAAGUGAGAAUAAUGUGAACACUUCAAUCUUUCAAAAGAUUGCUACUUUUGAGGAUGAGUUGAAGGCCCUAUUGCCAAAAGAGGUUGAAAGUGCAAGAUUUGCAUAUGAGAGUGGAAAUCCAACAAUUCCAAACAAGAUCAAUGGAUGCAGAUCUUAUCCACUUUACAGAUUUGUGAGACAAGUGUUGGGAACUAAUUUGUUAACUGGAGAAAAGGUUACUUCACCAGGUGAAGAGUGUGACAAAUUGUUCACAGCUAUGUGUCAAGGCAAAAUCAUUGAUCCUCUUCUUGAAUGCUUGGGAGAGUGGAAUGGUUCUCCUCUUCCAAUUUGUUAA